GAUGAGACGUGCGAGAAUUAAAGUCACUGCUUCAGUCCCUUUACGAAGAAAAGCUGUCAAAGUCGAGGAUCCUGAGGAAAUUUCGAAGGAGCCUGAUGGGGUUAAGGAGCAAGUCCCUACAGAGGCACCUCAGGAUGAGCUGAAACCAGAGAUAUUAAAUGGGGAAAGGAAAUUAACCUCUGGAAUAACCCCCGGAGGAGAGCAAGUUGAGGAUGGAUCCCCUCAUCUCAGGGAGAAAACACCUGAAGUGGAGAAGGAUGGGGGUGAGAAGGCCCCCCUGGAAACUAGCCCAGAAGGCCAGAAACCGGUGGAGAUUGUGAAGACUCCCGUUGAGGGCUUCUCUCGGAGAGCGAGGCUGAUCUCGGAGUCUUCAGACAAGGGCCAACUCUCAGGCAGUGAAACAUCACUAACAAAAGUCCACAUCAAUCGCUCGUUCACCCGUCCUACUCCACGUCUCGACGGUUCGACCCGAAUACGCCGUAACAGCAUCCAAGGUUCCGGAGCGAGUGCCAGCGAAUCCGAGGACGAUUCUCGUCGUCAUCCACCUCCCCCUCAUCGCCCACCCUCUCCUCAUUCGUCCCAACCCUCGCAGAAUUCAUCUCAUCCUCCUCCUCCUGGCCAGAAUCCCAGUCAGAGUCACAGCCAGAAUUCCAAACAAAAACGAAAGGUGCUCAUUUCAGAAUCCGCUAGGAAGCUGGCGGAAUCCCGUCGGGAAUUUUUCCUCAAGCACGAACACAAGCAGCCGGACAGAACAAAACUGACCAUGUACGAUUUAAUCUAUUACAACCCCGUUACAAACCCUAUGAAGAAGACUGUGACUUCUGUAGUUCAAGACGAGCCGGAAGAGGUUACUGAACCAGAAGAAGAGGAUGAGGACUCUGCAAUGCCAGUUCCCCAAUUGAAAGUGGGGCCAAACGGAGAGCUCGUGGUGGAUGAACGAUCUCUGGUAAUCGAAAACACUGCCCUGAAGAGAGAUCGCGAGGCGGUGGCUAAACGUCGAGUUUUGGUGGACGAGGAAGGUGCGAUCGGUGGGUUCUACAAGAAGCGAGUUAAGAGCAAAGACUGGACGUCAGUGGAGACCCUGAAAUUCUACAAGGCCCUGAACACAGUGGGCACUGACUUCUCUCUCAUGCAGACCGUCUUUCCGAAGCGAACGCGUCACGAGUUGAAAAUGAAGUACAAGAAGGAGGAAAAGCUGAAUAGAGCCCUUGUGGAGAAGGCCCUAAUGUACCACCAGGAGUACGACAUUGAGACACUGAGGAAGGAACUGGAGAGCUUUGAAAAUAUCGAGGAGAAGAACAAGAAGACGAGAAAGUCGACUGAUGUCUAUAGAAAGAGGAUCGCAAAGAAGAGGAAUGUGGCCACUAGUGUGAACAUGCUGAGUGAGGAUGAGGAUGAUCUUGAGGAGGUUGCGGAUGAUCCUGAAGAGAAAUCAAAGGAUCCGGAAAUGAGUGACGCCGAGAGGGAAAAUGUGCCCAGGGAGACGAAACGGAAGAGACCCAGAGGGAAAAAGAUGACGGAGCCUCAUUCAUCGGAAGAUUCACUCAGUGGCGAUGACUUUGAGGUUUACAAGGUGAAGCCCACGAGAUAUGGACGACUCCCCAAGAGAAAGAGGCCGGUAUUCAAUGCUACCAAUAUUCUGGAUGACAUUUUUAGUGAGGAGAAAGAACAAGAAACAACUGCCGAUGGUGAGAAAGAGAAUGAGGAGAAGGGGACGAAUGGACUGGGAGAACCCGUGGAGGGACUGCAGGAUGUUGAACCUGGGUCUCUGGUAAUUGUGUCCAAGGAGUCACCUGAUGAACCUGGAAAGACGAUUGUUCAGGUGUACAUGGUAGGAAAGGACUUGAAUGGAGGCGAGGAGAAAAUGACACCGGUGAAUCUUAGCUCAGAAUUACUCUCUACCGUUACCAGUGGACUGAACAAUCAGGAUGUGUCGCCGAUUAAAUAUACGCUGGAGUAGACUGCGAUGGGGGAUGAUGAAAUUACUGGGAUCGUCUUGAGGUUAUGAUCUGUAUGAUAAUGGAAAAUUUUACGGUAUAGCAAAUUUAUUGGAACCGGACUGCAAGAUGUUGUAUUAAUAAUUUGAUGAAUCUGAAAAAUCUGUUUCCAAAAAAUUUGUUUCCUAUCAGAAGAACCAGGUGACAUUUUGAAUUUGAUUUCUCAAGUAUUUCCUUGAUUUCAACAAUUCGCUAGGUAAAAUGAAAUUCAUUGAAAAAUCAUUUGCAGAUCAUUUCGGAAAGACAUUAGUAUGAAAUCGGUAUGAAGUGCUCACCGUUUCAUGAUUUAACUAGUAGAAAAAUGUCUUGCUUUUUUACGUUGUAAUAAUUAUAGUUGUAUUUUUGUAAACGUUGAGAUGAUAACUAUCUUAAGGUUAAGGAAUAGCUUUUUUUUAUAAAAAUUGAAAAUCUAUGUAUCACAAAUUUUAAUAAGAUACAUAAAUAUUUUCUCUUGUUUUCA